AUGAUUCAAUUCGUGGAGAAAUAUAGUAUCCUGACGCAGGAGACAAAAGUAAAAAGGCCGGAGGAGAAAGAUGAAGAAAAAGUCCAUGAAGAUAUGAAACAAAAAUUCGCCUCCAAUUGUUUCCCCUUCUCCUAA